UUAAUCGAGUGAUAAAUCGCUGCCAUUUCUAGCUAUAGUAACUUCUACAGACAACCGAAUUAUUAGUUUUAUUAGCAUUAAAAGGUAAUUCUCACUAGGAAUAUAACCAAAGCAAACAAGAUGUACAAACCAACUGACCAUGGGCUUCCUGAAGACUUUCGUCUCACUAACUUUUCUACUCUACGCGGAUGAGGAUGCAAGUUACCUGAAGAGGCCCUGACCAAGUACCUCCAGGAAACAGAAAUCUUGCACAAAGUAGCUCAUGACGAAAACAAAAAAGAUAAAGAUGGGUUUAUUGGUUCUGGAAUGGACUGCGCUGUGAUUCCGCUAUCUCGACACAAAAAUUAUUUUCUCGUACAAACUGUUGACUUCUUUUAUCCACUAGUGAAUGAUCCGAAAAUUAUGGGUAAGAUAGCUUUGGCAAACGUGGUAAGCGAUAUUUACGCUGUAGGCGUUACAACUUUCGACAAGUUAAAUAUGCUUGUAAGCGUAUCAACUGAAUUUUCCGAACUGGAACGUGACGUUAUAAUACCACAGAUAGUUGAGGGUUUUCACGAGUCUGCUAAAGAGGCUGGGUGUCGAGUUCAUGUUCAGAGUAUAUCGUUAAACCCUUGGUGCAUAAUUGGAGGCAUUGCGAGCUCGGUAUGCACUGAGCCAGAGAUUAUAAUGCCUUCAAAUGCCAAGGAGGGCGACGCCAUUGUCCUUACAAAGCCCCUAGGCACCCAACUGGCGACGAAUGCGUAUCUCUGGAUGGAGGAACAAAAUGAAAAAUAUAAACGAAUAUCGGCGUGUUUAAGUGAUGAUGCCAUAUCAAAAACCUCUAACAUAGCAGUUGAGUCUAUGACGUUCCUAAACAAAACGGCUGCCGAACUUAUGCACAAGUAUGGAGCACAUGCUGCUACAGACGUGACUGGGUUUGGCUUGCUUGGACAUGCAAAGAAUCUCGCACAGUUUCAGAAAAAUAAAGUAAUGUUUGAAUUGAAUACAUUGCCGAUUAUUGCAAACGUACUGACUAUCGCAGAAAUACUUGGGCAAGAUCGAAAGCUAAGAAGUGGCAAAGCCGUUGAAACAUCUGGUGGCCUUUUAAUAUGUUUAUCAGUGGCUAAAGCUAAAGCUUUCUGCGAAGACUUCAAAGCACUAACCAAAAACAGACAGCAAGCUUGGAUUGUGGGUAGAGUGAAAAAGUCGGAAAGUCGUGACGCUUGUCUAGUAGAUAAUGUAACAUUUUUAGAAGUAAACCAAUAAUGUAAAUGAGAAACUUUCAUUUUUAUGUAAUCAAAUAUUACGUAUACCGUUACUUUAAUAUACAUAUAACACAUUUGCUGCAAGAGUCUCAUAAUCCUAAAAAUCAAAAAAUUAAUACAUCCCAAUAAACAUUUAGGUUUAAGCUCGACUUGAGGUUAAGUUGAGAAUUAAGGUAAUUCUUAAAUCUCCAACGUUGUUUCUCAACAGUACCUCAAGUGGAGGAUCAAGUUGAGAAUGUAAUUCUCCAAUUGGUCUUAAACAUAUCAUUAAAAUACUGAAAUUGAAAUAGUAAAAUACCUUCUACCUUUUUGAGUGAAGCGACAUAUGUACAUAGAUGAAUUUAAAUAUUAAUUUUUCUUUUUAUUACUCCUUUCGUAUUAUGUAGUUCAUCAAUAUCGUAUGACAAUAAUUCACUUCAGUAUACAGUCCGACCGUAAUUUUGCUACUUGAUUCACUUCGCGUUUUAUUUUCUUUCCAGAUUAUUUGAGGAUACUUUGAAGAUUAUUUACUUUUUGUUGGUAAUUUUCCUCUAUAUAUAGCUUUCGUUUUUCACUUGGUAAUUAAAAAUUUGUUUAUCACUUUUUACGAUCUGCGCGUCGGUUAGAGAUAAGUUGGAGAACGAUGUUGGAUAUCAACUUGAGAACUAUGAAUUUCUCCAAGGUUGAAGAAAUAUUUUUUUGGUGUUUAUUGGGAUAUUUUGUUCAAGAGAGCUACUGCUAAUCGGUUUCCGCAGCUAUGCAAUUUUUACACAACAUAGAAUAAUAGGUAGCGGUCAUUUCUGCAUACUAGACUUUUUUUGCAUUAUGACACUCGUGCAGAAAAUUUGCCAUAUUUUAUACAUAUCGAUGGUCCUCUGCAAUGACAUAAUUCAAAAUUCAAAAAAUAAAACCCCCUACUACUGUUAAGCGGCUUUUUCAAUUUUGAAGUGUGUCGUUAUUGAAGAGAACCACCGAUGUGUACAUACCAUAGAAAAUUUCUUAACUAUUUUUUCUCCAACUACGUAAUUAGUUUGUUACAUCCUUUAUUAAAAGACAGUGUUGGAGGAAAUUCUCAUUUGAAAAAUCCUAGAAUUUUUUGUAAUUACUAUCUAUGUAAACGAACCAAUAUGUUAUGUAUCGCCUUUCUAUUUACAUGAGGACCAAUUUAUUAAGGAAACGAUGUGUUGGUUUGUACAUAUCUUGUAAAAUUUUUAUAUAUGACUGACUAGCAUCUGAUAGUUAAUAAUUCAAUUAAUGACGAGAUUUUCAUAAAGAUUUUGUAUCAUGAAAAUCUCUGAUGUAAUGUUGAUUUUUACUUUAUAUGCUGUUAUGCAAAUAUGAGCAGCUUUGUAAGCUAGUAUGAAAUGCAAACAAGUACUAAUCUACGAUAUUCAAUGGAUGACGAGAUUUUCGGAAAGAUAUUAGUAUCAUGGAAAUUUCUGAUAUAUUUUUGAUAUCAGCUUUAGUAUACGUACGUAUUCCUCAAUUAAUAAAAACUAAAAUGUACACAUGUAUAAUUGACACAAAA